UCGAGUGUACUUUCUGACAUAUUUGAACAUAGGACCCAGGGGUUCUUGGAGAGGAACCUGGUCCCAGAGGAUCUGGACUGCCCGUAAAAAUGAGUCCUGCAGAUGCACUUGAUGAUGAAAAUACAUUUAAAAUCUUAGUUGCAACAGAUAUUCAUCUUGGAUUUAUGGAGAAAGAUGCAGUCAGAGGAAAUGAUACAUUUGUAACACUUGAUGAAAUUUUAAGACUUGCCCAGGAAAAUGAAGUGGAUUUUAUUUUGUUAGGUGGUGAUCUUUUUCAUGAAAAUAAGCCCUCAAGGAAAACGUUACAUAGCUGCCUCGAGCUAUUAAGAAAAUACUGUAUGGGUGAUCGUCCUGUCCAGUUUGAAAUUAUCAGUGAUCAGUCAGUCAACUUUGGUUUUAGUAAGUUUCCAUGGGUGAACUACCAAGAUGGCAAUCUCAACAUUUCAAUUCCAGUGUUUAGUAUUCAUGGCAAUCAUGAUGAUCCCACAGGGGCAGAUGCACUCUGUGCCCUGGAUAUUUUAAGUUGUGCUGGAUUUGUAAAUCACUUUGGACGUUCAAUGUCUGUGGAGAAGAUAGACAUUAGUCCAGUUUUGCUUCAAAAAGGAAGCACAAAAAUUGCACUAUAUGGUUUAGGCUCCAUUCCAGAUGAAAGGCUCUAUCGAAUGUUUGUCAAUAAAAAAGUAACAAUGUUGAGACCAAAAGAAGACGAGAACUCUUGGUUUAACUUAUUUGUGAUUCAUCAGAACAGGAGUAAACAUGGAAGCACUAACUUUAUUCCAGAACAAUUUUUGGAUGACUUCAUUGAUCUUGUUAUUUGGGGCCAUGAGCAUGAGUGUAAAAUAGCUCCAACCAAAAAUGAACAACAACUCUUUUAUAUAUCACAACCUGGAAGUUCAGUGGUUACUUCUCUUUCCCCAGGAGAAGCAGUAAAGAAACAUGUUGGUUUGCUGCGUGUUAAAGGGAGGAAGAUGAAUAUGCAGAAAAUUCCUCUUCAGACAGUGCGGCAGUUUUUUAUGGAGGAUGUUGUUCUGGCUAAUCAUCUGGACAUUUUUAACCCAGAUAAUCCUAAAGUAACCCAAGCCAUACAAAGCUUCUGUUCGGAGAAGAUUACAGUAAUGCUUGAAAAUGCAGAACGGGAACGUCUGGGGAAUUCUCGACAGCCAGAGAAGCCUCUUAUACGCCUGCGAGUGGACUAUAGUGGAGGUUUUGAACCUUUCAGUGUUCUUCGCUUUAGCCAGAAAUUUGUGGAUCGGGUAGCUAAUCCAAAAGACAUUAUCCAUUUUUUCAGGCAUAGAGAACAAAAGGAAAAAACAGAAGAAGAGAUCAACUUUGGGAAGCUUAUCACAAAACCUUCAGAAGGAACAACUCUAAGGGUAGAAGACCUUGUAAAACAGUAUUUUCAAACUGCAGAGAAGAAUGUCCAGCUCUCACUGCUAACAGAAAGAGGGAUGGGUGAAGCAGUACAAGAAUUUGUGGACAAGGAGGAGAAAGAUGCUAUCGAGGAAUUAGUGAAAUACCAGUUGGAGAAAACACAGCAAUUUCUUAAAAAACGUCAUAUUGAUGCCCUAGAAGAUAAAAUUGAUGAAGAAGUACGUCGUUUCAGAGAAAGCAGACAAAAAAAUACUAAUGAAGAAGAUGAUGAAGUUCGAGAGGCCAUGAAUAGGGCCAGAGCUCUCAGAUCUCAGUCAGAGGACUCUGCUUCUGCCUUUAGUGCUGAUGACCUUAUGAGUAUAGAUUUAGCAGAACAGAUGGCCAAUGACUCUGAUGAUAGCAUCUCAGCAGCAGCCAACAAAGGAAGAGGCCGAGGACGAGGUCGAAGAGGAGGAAGAGGGCAGAAUUCAGCAUCAAGAGGAGAGUCUCAAAGAGGAAGAGCAGGCACUGGUCUGGAGACCACUACUCGCAGCAGGAGUUCAAAGGCUACUGUGUCAACAUCUAAGAAUAUGUGUAUUUUAGAUGUCUUUAAAUCUACAAGACAGCAGCCCUCCCGAAAUGUUGCUACUAAGCAUUAUUCAGAGGUGAUUGAGGUGGAUGAAUCAGAUGUGGAAGAAGAUGACAUUUUUCCUACCACUUCAAAGACAGAUCAAAGGUGGUCAAGCACGUCCUCCAGCAAACGCAUGUCUCAGAGCCAGACAGCCAAAGGGGUUGAUUUUGAAUCAGAUGAGGAUGAUGACGAUGAUCCUUUUAUGAACAUUAAUUCUUUGAGAAGAAACAGAAGAUAAUAUAUUUAAUGGCACUUAGAAAUUUUCAAGACACAGGAGAAAACAAAACAAAACAUUGCAAGCUAAGAGUUUAUAAUUGAAAAUGUUUGAAGUAUUG